AUGAAACGUUCAAUCGUGAUCAAUAAUUCUAAUGAUAAUAAUCAAAUAAAUGAUACUAAUAAACAACAACACCAACGAAAACGUUCAUUAGAAAAUAAUACUUCUAUAAUAAAAUUUAAAAAACGUCGACAUUUUUCACCACAAUCUAAUAAUCAUUCACAACCAUCUUCAAUUGUAAGAAAUAAAUCAAAAAAACGAUCUUCGGUCAAUGAUUCAAUUGUUGAAACAAAAACUAAUAGUCAAACAUCUCGUAAAUCUUCAUCUCGUCGUCAAUCGUAUUCUGUAGAACAUUUAGCUGAAAUUACGUUACCAAAUUGGGAAUGUAUAUCAUCAAAUAUCGAUCAAAUCUUAUCAAAUAAACAUACACAAUCUGGUGUCUAUGCACAUGAAGUUCAUCUUGUUCAACAAGAACUUGAAGCACUUUUAUCUAUGUCAAUUGUACGUGAAAAUCUUCUUCAAGAUAUUCUUCAUCCAAAUAAAAUACUAAAUAAUGAUAAUGUACGUUCAAAAAUUCGUCAACAUCAACAAGCGGAAUAUAUUUAUUCAUCAAAUAAAAUUCUUAAUAAAUCCUUACCACCAUUAAUUAAUCAAACACAACAACGACAUCAUAGUCCAAAUUUAUUACUUGAUCGACAAGUAACAAUAACACCAAUAAUUGGUACACAUAUUGAUAAAAUAUGGUCGGAUAUAAAUACAUAUUAUCGUAAAAUAUCAUCUAAUGAUAUUUUAACAAUACGUCAUCUUGUUGAAUUUAAUCAACAAUUAGAAGAAAAAAUUCAUCAAUAUAAAAUUGAAUAUAAAAAUAAUAUUUUAACACAAUCGAAUAUAACUGAACAAUUAAAUGAAGAAAAUUUUCAAGAAUUAAUUAAUAUAACUCAAACAAAUCCUUUAAUUUCAAAUUAUGUUGAUCGAACAUCAAUUGGACAUUUUCAAAAUAAAUUAUAUGAUCGUAUGCCACAAACAUCACCGGUUUAUAAAACACCUGUUUCAAGUCCAUUCUAUCGAAAAUCAUUCGGAAGUUAUCUAGAUAAUAAUUCUUCAUUACGUAGUUCACCACGUUUACAUCCACAUCAUCGGAUAGGUCUUGGUUCUUUAUCUAACUUAAAAUCAAAUGAUGAUCAUGAUCGAUCAUUAUUAUUAAAAUCGAAAAAGAAUAUUCGAAUGACAUCUAUUAGUCCACCUUUAUCAAUAAAAUUUCAAGAACGUGCUCAAUUAGUUCAUGAUUAUUUAACAGAUCAACAUCCAUUAACAAAUGUUAAACGUCAAUUAUUUAAUGAUAUAAAAUCAACAAAAAAACGAAAAAGUUCAUUAACAAUUCAUAAUAAUCAUUGUACAGAUAUAUUUGAAUCAAAACUUUCAACAUUAAUAUCUUUAUUACAUGAAUCAUCAACAUUAUGUUCAUAUGCAUUAGAUCGUGCAAAUUUACAAUCAAAUAAUGAACAAACAUGGCAAAAAUUAAAUACAAUUGAACAUGAUAUGGAAUUAUUAUUAAAAAAAAUUGAACUUACCGGUGAUAAUACUAAUAGUAUAAAUCUAGAAAAAACUUAUCAUACAUUAGAUCAUUUAUUAAAAGAUUGGAAAAAAUAUGAAGAUAAUUUUGAUCAACAAAUUCAAAUCUUAUUUACUGAUAAUAAUUAG